ACUUAGUCUAGCAAAAUCAAAGUAGAGAUAUAAUAGACAUAAAAUAUAGCAUACAUUUUACCCUGACAGUAACAUUUUAUCAAUUCCACUAAUAUGCUUAAAAACAAUAGACUAAUCACAAAAAAAUGUGAAAUGACAGAUUCGGUUUCCAAUAACGCCUCUUUAUAAAUGAUUUUUGUAGAUAUCGUGUUCUCAUUAGUAAAAAGUAUAAGCAGACUAUUUGGUCGGUUUGGUCGGAACAAUUACUUUAGUGUCAUUGUCUUGAUACUACAUAAAAAGACAGUGUAUAAGUACAGUUUAUUUAUGUUGCCAACAAUAAGGGAUUUUUAGCUGCUUGGUGCAGUUGUAAAUAUCGACAAAUGUUGCGUAAAUGUACUACGUAUUCCAAAUGUAAUGCAAAUCCUGCGCAAUAAAAAGUAAUACUUGCGCUAAUACCAUUUCAAAUGGAUUUAAUCGAGCUUGUGAUAUGUCAUUUUAAUGGAGAAAUGAAGUGAAGUGAAAGUCGCUGUAGACUAGUGUCACAAAAACGUUUAAUUGAAACAGCUGUAUAUGGCUAACUAUUAACAUUGGUGUAACCUAGUGUCAGAAAAAGUUUGAGUUUGAGUACAACAUUUUAAACUGUUGAACAAUAUUAUACUGAUAAAUAGUAUUAUUUGAUUAGGACACAAUAUUUUGUUAUAAGAAAAGAUGGGAAGUGGGACAUCUAAAACAAAGAGACAGCCAGAGCUGCUUCAGUGCUCAAUAUGUUUUAAUAUGUUUAAAGUUCCUCGUAUGUUACCCUGCCAACAUACGUUCUGUGAAGGUUGUCUCCAUACAUACAUCACACGGACAAUGUCUUUUGAAGCGGAUAAAACAGAUUUUCCUUGCCCAAUGUGCAGAGAAACAACAACUAUUCCAAAACCAGACAGGCCACGUGACAAAUGGGCAAAGCUUUUUCCAAAGAAUAGAUUAAUUUUGUCUUUGUUUGAAGGACAGCUUGAACGUUCGGAAGGCUGCAGAUUGCAUCCAGGAAAAAUUGUUGAAUUUUACUGCGAGAGUCACAUAGAAAUUGGCUGUAGUACAUGCUUGAUAACUAGACACAAAGGAUGUGAGGUUGUUCAACUUGAGACUUUUAUAAAGAGUGGAAAAUUCAAAAGAAGUUGUCAGAAAAACAAUGAUAUGCUGCAACAAUACAAGAAACUGUUUGAAGAUAUGGUAGUUGAAGCUGGACAGAACCUAGAUUCUUUGGAGAAGGAUAGAGCUUGUUUAAUCGACGAGGUUAAAGAGAUGAGGACCAACCUUGAAACUAUGCUGAAAGAUUUGGAGGAAAAGAUACUUUUUGAUAUAGAUGAAAAGUAUAAAAAAGAAUGCGAACACCUUUGUGAACAGACUGCGCGAUGCAGAAAGGUGGUUGCUGACAUAAGCAACUCAAUUGAACAAAUUGCUGCAGCACAGGAAGAUAUAAACAUGGUACAAAAAGCAGAAAUUAUUGUCAGUGUAGAAGAAAAAAUGGCAAAUUUUGGCAAAAGUAUUAGAAGUGAACACGAUACUUUCAGCUUCAUUAACAUGACGGUGGCUUUCGAUCCACUUAUAGAAGAUUUGAAACAAGGUCUGGAAAAGUUUGGAAAUAUCAAUAUAGAAAGGACAAAGAAGGACCAUCUUCUCCCUGGAUUUGUACCAAAAUCACAGACACAAGAAAAAGAGAAUGGUAAGCGUCAUAGAAGUAAACAUGUUGUCAAGUUGGGUGAGCAUAGCGCGAGUGGGCAGGAGGAAUCAUUCUUUUGUAACGUCACAAGUACAGUGGUACUUUCAGACGGACGAAUUAUUCUAGCAGACGACAGCAAUAGUAAGCUUAAAAUGAUGAGCAGUAGUUUUGAUGUAACCUUUGAACUAGCACUGGAUUCCAAUCCAUUAAAUCUAGCAGCUGUUUCUGAGACGGAAAUUGCUGUAACAUUACCAGGGAAACGUGAAGUUUAUUUUAUAAAUGUUGGAAUUGAUAAGUUCGCAAUGAAACGAAAAAUAAACACAAGGCUGGAUUGUUGGGGCAUUGAUAUUCUAGAAAACCUCGUAAUUGUGACCACUGGUAGAGAUGGACAUUCUGUCAUUGUUCUAGACAUGAAAGGUAAAGAGUUAAACUCGUAUCUGCUAACUAAGCAUGCAGACGAGAAUAUAAGAUGUCCCGUUUCUGUUGUUGCCGAUCAGCAGAAAAGACUUUUGUAUGUUACAUGCACUGGCGGGGCAUGGAGUAAAGGUUGUGUCGUCUGCAUGGACAUGGAUGGAAAACUUCAAAAUGUUUACAAUGACCCGGAUAUUGACACACCGCGUAGUGCUGCUAUUGACAGACAUGGAAAACUCUACAUUUGUGGUCUAGAAUCUUCUACAGUGUACCAAUGUAAUGAAAAAGGGGAAAUGUUCAGAAUCUUUCCCGCCAAAACUGAACAAGUAGUAGGACCAUUGCACUUGAAUUUUAUAAAGAACUAUCAUAUAAGAUUUUUGCUGACAGAGGUUGCAAGUGACUCUAUAAAAGUGUUUGAACUUCCGACGGCAAAGUGAUAUCCCGACUUUGAUAUACAAACGUUAUGCGAAAUGGAAAAUGAAUUUUGAAAGGAUAACAUUAUAACAGACAUGUAAAAGAUUAUUACAGGAGUCCAUUCAAUAUAAAUUUGCAUUUAAAAUACAUAAAGAAGAUCAUUUUGAAGCAUAGAAGCGAUCCAAGAAAACUAUUGGAGACUUAGUUUGAUGGAGUAUGUUCGUCAUAGUUAAUGAUGCAUGUAACUGGCUCUAAAUGCAGAACAUUAUCAUUCAAAUCAUUAAAUUAAUCAAUUCGGAGUUCGCGAAAGCUUCGUUACCACUUACAAAUAAACACACAUCGGGUCUGCAUGUCUAUACUUUGCUUAGUUACAUAAAUAUCUUGUUUAGGUUUUACAUUUAUUUGUGUAAAUGCUAACUAAAGUUUUGUUACUCGUGCAUUGGUACGUUUCUAAUAUACAAUUGUAUUAAAAUGUGUUUUAGUCAAAACUGAUUUAUAUUAAGCUAGUCAGACACUAGCCUUCAGGUAGCACCAAGUAUAUGUCUUUAUAUAAAUCAAAUGUGCUAAGCAAUGUAAAACAACAAUAAUUUUGUUUUCCAAAACACAAUGUCAUGUACAUACUAGUUUAAUUUGAUUUGGACCCUGGGCCAACAGUUUUGACUAAUGACUGACAAGUUUUUAUUAAAUCUCAUAAAUUAAUUUUCAAAUUUUUAACCUAUGGGCCCAGUAACCAUGUAUUAAAUACAGACCGACCAUAUAGCACAAACCAUAGACCCGUGAUUUAUGUAAGGAAUGGAUAUAACUUUGGUCAAGCUCGAUUUUUUAAAUAUAUAAGGUACUAGUAUUCUUAUUCAAAGUGCAUUUAUAGUAAAUUUUGAGAAUCAUUAUUUUUGGAGAGAGAUUCGAACGAAACAGUGUGUAAAUUCUCUUCUGCAAAACGAUAGUAAACGUCUUUGAGCUGCAUUUUCACCAAAAACUUUGCUUUGCAGUGCUUUCUGGUUGAUUUGUACGAAAUCUAGUUUGAAUUAUAUUCAAAUAAACAAAUGUGUGUAUUGCAUGUGUUGUAAAUAUAGAAAUAAUGUCGAAGUUUCCUAAGUUUUGAGAAGAUGGAAAGUUUUAAUUUCCUUUUUAUUAAAGAGGUAAUCACAAA